AUGCCUAUCCAUGAGCCUCAGUACUUCUCGUCCCCGGAAUCAUGUAACUGGCUUGAUGCCUUUUUGAGGGACAGAUCAUUCAUUGAUCCACGGACUUACGAAGUCCAUCAAACUGCUUGGACGCAGUAUCCGGCUCGCUGGAACUCGAGACCUGCCAACUCCAACCUUGAAAGGCUGGAAUAUCGAACGAACACCAAUUUCGUUCAAAAAUGGGUACAGAAUACUGUAGUCAUCACAGAAACAGUGGGAUACGACCCAGUCCCACCCAACGAUGUCAAUGACAUCGAAAGCGAAAAUGAAGACGGCGAGUUGGCGGAAUCAAAACGCAUAUUUCCUAUACAACUUGAGGCGGUUCCUCCAUUUGCAAAACAAAGUCACGGUCACUGGGACAAUAGUCUGUUCGCGACACAUAUGCAGGCUCGUGGAUUUAACCAUCUACCUGACUACAGUUCGCAUGAGACCUCUGAUGGUGAGCCUCGUCCGGCCGGCCAGCCGUUCUCUGAGGCGACGAGCAUUGUGGUGUCGUCUCUCCCAAAAUCCGAGGAAAGUCAUGAGGAGCUUAAUAUUGGGAAGUUGAUCAUGGGCAAGCUUCGACAAGCCGUUGUUUAUGGAAGAGAGGCUUACCGAUCACUCCAUGAUCUAAUGAGGAGCUAA